CGUGCGUGUGAGAAAGGGAAGAAAGGAGGUAGCCAACAACGAAGUGCGGUUGCGUUGCAAGGAGGGCACUGGCGAUUUAUCAUUGUUAUUGUUUGUACACUUCGCCCGUUUCCCCGUUUUUAACCUGGCGCAGGGUUGAACGGUUAAAAUGGAGGCGGACAGAUCCGGCGGAGGACCAAACCCGAACUUUGGAGGCGGCAGCGGCGGAGUGGGGCGCAACCCAAACGGGCCCAAAGCAGCAGCACCGGGGCAGUCAACACCAGUAGCCGCUACUGGGGGUAUGGCAGCAGCAGCCGCGGCGGCGGCUGCGGCGGCGGCGGUCGGGGCCAUGCCCGGAUCGGCACACCUCCGCGAAUCACAGCAGGACGCCGAUUCGGGAAUGACUCUUCCCGGGAUCCUGCACUUCAUCCAGUACGAGUGGGGACGCUUCCAGGCCGAGAAAUACCGCUGGGAGGCGGAAAGAGACGAACUUCGUGCUCAGGUAGCAUUCCUGCAAGGUGAGCGGAAAGGACAAGAGAACAUGAAACAGGACCUAGUAAGGCGGAUUAAAAUGUUGGAAUAUGCCCUCAAACAAGAAAGGUCUAAACACCAGAAGCUGAAGACAGGAAAUGACCUGAGUUCGGGUGACAAGAAACCAGAGAUGGAAGCAGAACCCAUUCCCAAUGGCCCGGCUGAGGCAGAUUCCGAGCCAGCCAAUCAGAUGUCGUGGAAGGAGGGACGUCAGCUACUACGCAAAUAUCUAGAGGAAGUGGGCUACUCGGACACCAUACUUGAUAUGCGUUCGAAGCGAGUGCGAUCCCUGCUCGGGCGGAGCAGCCCUGAGGCCAACGGGCCUCCGCCACCCGAAUCCUCGCCGGAGCCUGAGACGCGGGCAGCUGGCGAAUCCUUGUUGGUCAGACAGAUCGAAGAGCAAAUUAAGAGGAAUGCAGGCAAAGAAAGCUCCAAGGAACGUCUCGGUGGCUCGGUGCUUGAUAAGAUCCCCUUCCUGCACGGAUGUGAGGAUGAUGAUGAGGAUGACAGUGACGAGGAAGACGACUUCCAAGGCAUGGCAACAGACUGCAUCGAUGGCCCUCGCAAGAGCAAAAAGUCUCGAGUAAAGAUUGGUUCGGAGUCUAUGACCACAGACCUGGACCCCGACGACGAGGAGGAUGAGGAUGACUCAGAAGACGCCCUCAGUGAAUUUGACUUUCUGGGCUCCGGGGAGGAUGGGGAGGGGGCGGGAGAGGCCAGGAUCUCUGGGGACGGACGGGAGUUAGAGAACCGCAGGAACAAGUUACAAGGCAUGAUGUCGGACUUCCCCGCAAAACCUGCUCCGCCCCCCUCUUUAUCGGGACAAACUCGCUCGGGCGAAGGUGGCGCCUUGGGUUUCUCCUCGGACGUCUUCAUCAUGGAUGCAGUUGGAGGUGGAGACAUGAACUUGGGUGAACUGGCUGAUCUCACCGUCGCCAAUGACAACGAUCUCUCCAUGGAUAUGCAGGAUAACAGAGAGGAGUUCAAGAAGACGUGGAACCCCCGUUUCACGCUUCGCAGUCACUUCGAUGCCAUCCGUGCGCUGACGUUUCACCCCAGCCAAGCGGUGCUGCUCACAGCCUCGGAGGAUGGAACACUAAAACUGUGGAACCUCAACAAGGCCAUGCAUUCCAAGAAAAAUGCUGCUUUAGACGUUGAGCCCAUUUACACGUUUCGAGCGCACAGUGGCGCUGUUUUGUCACUGACUAUGGGAGAAGAUGGAGAAUCCUGCUACAGUGGAGGCCUGGAUGGAAGCGUAAGGUGUUGGAAGAUGCCAGACUUCAAUGUAGAUCCUUACGACAACUACGAUCCUGGCAUAGAGAGCAGCGUGUUGGCAGGUCACGAGGACAGCGUGUGGGGUCUCACAUAUUCCGCAGUCCACCAUCGGCUGGCCUCGUGCUCAGCGGACGGCACCAUUCGCAUCUGGGACCCGCGGAGCUCUGCGCCCUGCCUGUCUGUCAUCAAUAAGGAGAGAGAACACGGGACGCCCACAUCGGUGGCCUUCGUGGCUUCUGACCCCAACCAGGUGGUGGUGUCAUUUGACGCAGGCGAAACCCUGCUCUAUGACCUCAACACGGAGCAGAGCAUCACAGCACUCGAGACGCAGACCAAGGAUGGAAGUGAACUAAUUAACCGUGUGGUGAGUCACCCAUCUGAGGCCCUCUCCAUCACCGCACACGAGAACCGCACCAUCCGCUUCCUAGACAACAAGACGGGUAAAGUGGUCCAUUCUAUGGUGGCCCACUUGGAUGCAGUUACAUGUCUCACAACAGAUCCAAAAGGCACUUACCUCAUCUCUGGCAGCCACGACUGCUCCGUGCGCCUGUGGAUGCUCGACAACAGGACGUGCGUGCAGGAGAUCACGGCCCACAGGAAGAAGCAUGAUGAGGCUAUUCACGACGUGGCCUUCCACAGUUCGCAGCCCUUCAUCGCCAGCGCAGGCGCCGACGCACUCGCCAAGAUCUUCGUCUGAUAGUACCGCGGUUCCAUCUGGUGAGGCCGGAGCGGCGGACACCCUCGACUGUGCCGAAAGAGACUACAAUGGACACAAUUUCCCCUUCAUACACACAAGCGCGUGAACACACACACACACACACACACACACACACAGACACACACACACUGUUGUCCUGCAUCCCACUGGCUGGGUUAUUGUCACAGGACGUCACCUCCCCUCACUUCCUCACUGUUUUAUGCCUCAGUGACUUCUUGUUAUACAAACCACACUGCUUUGUUUUUUAACUCUAGAAGCUCCUAUCUGCGGCUUCAAAAAAAUCAUUUCUACACUACAAUACGCUUUUCCUCUUUUGUUUUUCUUUCUUUUCCUUUUUUUUUUUUAAUUCCAAGUCUACCGAUUGUUAUGUCAAGGUGGCAUGUGCACUCGAGCUCUAUUAAUUACUGCUCAUGUUUUAAGGAGAACCACCAAUUAGACUCGUGCAUGCCGUAUAAAUGCAAAGUGUAAGUUUCGUGUGGCUGACCAGUGGGAUGUAGGUAUGUUAUCAAAUCGGGGAACCUGUCUGUAUGUGUCACAUUCCAAAGACUCAAUGAGGAGUAUGUGGUGCAUUCUGGGUUUUUUUUUUUUCUUUUCUUUUCUCAAGGUCCGACAAUGUUCAACAUGCCAGUGUUUCAACUUAAUAGCUUUAAUUUCAACUUGGCCACGACCCAUUUUCACUGUAUAGGUGUUGUAUGGAAUGUGAAUUUGUCCAUAUUUAAAGUGGAACUGAACCCAAGACGUUCAAAGUUUUGCUUGUCAGGUGCCGUUUCAAGUAGUUUUUUUGAAAAAUGUGCAUCAAAACAAUGCAUCUGCUCUCGUGUAAUCGCUUCUGAGGGCUGCCAUUUCUAGGUCUUUUCAAGAUUUGCAGGAAUGUGACCUAUUUGCUCGUCUUAUUAUGCAGCUUUAUUUAAUAAAAGAACCACCCAGAGUUUGUACUAACUCAGUUAGUUACUCCAAAUCAGUAGUUUUCAGUAAGUCCCCAAAACAGCAUCUUACUUGAGGUUACUAAACAUUGCAUCGUUCAAGUUAGUAAUAUGCUUUGUAUCGCUAUCAAUACGGUGAUCACCGACUAGACAACAAAGCCUUAGAUACUUCCAAAAAUCAAAUGACUUUGGUUACAUCAUCUUCCCCAAACACUUUUUCAAAGCUCCUCGAGCCACGAGGCAGCUGACAUUUCCUUGACAGAAAUAUGUUUUUAAAUGUAUCUAUUUUCUCAAGUUAUUGUCUUGAAGAAAAAAAAAAUGUUGAGGCGACAACCAUGACGUACAGUAUGGCUCCGAAACGUUCAUGAGCCUUUCUCCAUUUGUUUCCGCAAACUAUUUUCUAAACUUUAUAAUGUUUAGGAAUGGGUAAUACAACAUACAAUUGAUUUGGGGACGGACCAGCUUGCAAAAUUCAUCGCUUUCGACAUACUGUCGGCCGACACAAUUCAAUGGAGCAUUCUGGUUGCAGGUAUCGCUCUGCUCACACAUGGCGUCACUUCCUGACUAGCUGGUAAUGAUUCGGCCCAACGUGGUGUCGCCGCCCCCUUAUGUAAUUAAUAAUUCUGUUUAAUUUAUACUCCAUUCACACAAUAUUGAUUACAGUUCCGUAUUUUGACUAGUGCUGAUACAGACAAUGUAUUCUUGCUUUAAAAAUAAUUGGGUUUAGUUCUUCUUUAAGGCUGACAGUGCUCUUGUAUAUCAGUAAGGUGAGAACACAGUUAAAGGUUGGGGAGUGCGGUUUGAGGCCAAUCUGUGCGUUCCCAGCAAAUUGGGUUAUUUACUGCUUUUUACUGUACAGAGGAGUGUGUGUGCAUGCGUACGCACUAGUGAAAUCAUGGUGCUAUGAAAGGUUGCGUUAGUUCAGGGACUUUUUUUUUUUUUUUGGCGCGUGGUAGAGUAAGACUUGCAGUGUUGACGCGUCACUGUUGAAUCACUUCAUUGACUUGCCAUGCAUUUCACAAUGUUGACUUUUCUAAAUUUCUCCUCGGUGGCAUGUGUGAGUGCAAGAGAGAUCCGUAGUUCCGCCCGUCCGCCCCCCGUGGAAUGUCUUUUUGUCAGCGUUCUGCAUUCAGAACCCCCCCCCCCCACACACACACACACACACACAAAAGCAGGACACCCUCCUGAGAUUCCCUCUUGUUGUAUGGCGCACAUGAAUUUGCACCGUGGCACGUUAGCCUCGAGGCAGAGGCAUGCCGAGGAGAAACAUUGCUCAGAGGGGGAAUGAAACAAUCGUUUUGAAUCGGUCACGUUUAUCACUACACAUAGAAAGCAUCGUUUGGGAGCUGAGGUGCUGUGUAAGAACGUCAGUUUAACUUAGUAACUGUUGAUCAGAGCCCUAAAGUGUCUGACCACUGUGUUCUGGUAUUUGUCAGGGGAAGCCCUAAGCCGCCAUGGAGAACAGUUUUCCGUAGGGUUGUAUUUAUGAUUAAAAAACAACUUUUAGUUUAAUACCUCAUAGGGAUGGGCAUUUUCAUAUAAAUUGUUUAAUUAUGGGGAAAUGGAUUAAUCAAUUAUGUUGAAAUAUUUUUAAUGGAAUGGGCGAAUCUUUGAACGUUUUUCACUCUUCGUAGUAGUUGCCAUAUUGUCACUGUUGGGCGGAAACCUUUGUUCAAAUAUGAUCAAUUUCAUAUUUCUUCAUAAACUGGUACGGUUGGUCGUGGGUCUGUUAUUUUUGAAAAUUAUUGACCAAUCUAAAUGAUUCCAAAUAGCCUGCUCUCUUUGAGGAUGCAAUACUAAUGGCUGAACAAUUGUGUGUGUGUUUUUUUUUUUUUUUUUUUUACCGAAAAGGGAAUGUUUUGGAGUUCACGAUGAUUCUGCCCAACACCAGCAGUAUGAUGUCUCUGGCUCAACUUGCCAUGCCUGAUAUGGUGGGGUUCUUUAGAUAUCAGAUCUGAACGAUCAGAAUUGAUUGUUAUGCCCAUCCUAGUAAUGACUGAAAAUAAAUUGUGACAAAAGUUGUCCCGCUUGCAACUCUUAAGAUAACAGGGUACCUUUACGGUCACUUUAUUAUUAUUUUUUUUCUCAUCAUCAUGGGGUCUCCAGCAUUCAGAUCUCUGGGCUUAUCCUUUAUAACCUGCAUUGAAAAACUGGAAAAAAAAAAGCGACAUGCGACUACAUCAACUACCUUAGCGGGACCUCUGAGAAUGACUGAUCUUUAUAUGAAAGCAUGUUUGUGUUUUGCCAUUCUCCCUUAACCUGUUCCACUUUUUUCCAACCUAAAAGUAUUAUUUUCAGAAAACGAAUGAAAAGUUGUUCAGUCACAACCAAAACAGUCGUGGACCGUCGAUGAAGCAGUGACAAUGAUCAAGAUAAUGACUCUUUUUCAACAUAAAUCGAACUAUUGUAACCAGAGUUUAAUUAUUAGUUUAUGUGAGGUUUUAAAUUCAGUUAAGAGCAAUGGCAACUGCUGGCCUGCCGCGCGUAUUAGUGUUUCCAGUCAUUUGUGCAGGUUCCUGUGAAAGGUCUUUUGACAGCCCCCUUUUUUAAAUAAACAAGGCAGCCGAGUAAACAAAACUUUAAUCUGGACUAACAAAUGUCAAUUAACAACAACUAGCCUGUGAGUUUUGCUAAAGGGUGCCCUUGUGAUUUGUGAUCACUUUGUUUGGGCUCCAGCUCACACGCGACCAAAAUGCAGACGAUAGCAAAAGGAUGGUUAGCUCAAGGCCAAAACGAGCUCUGUGUGAGUGCAAAUCACUCAGAUGCGUAGCAAAAAAUGAAAAUGGUUGUAGAUGUGUUGUCAAUAUCUAGCAUCUUUUUGUUUUCUUGUGUCUGCUUUGACUCUGAAUGCGAAGAAUUCUGUCGCAGCAUAAGUUAAUCAUCCUCCCUUACUUGGCAUAGGACUUGCUAAUAAUUGCUAAUGACAUUUUACAACUUCAUUAAAAAAAGUGCAUAAUGCAAAAAAAAA